CAUAAACUAACCGAGAAAUGGGUAAAGGGUCCAACUUGCGGUUGCUAAGAUAAGCUCAGCCCUUCAGGCAUUUAUACGUGCCCAGCCACGCCAAUCGCCGGCGACGACGACGACACGAGGAAGGGGAAAGAACAAACACCAGGAGAGCAGCAAGGACACCUGACCUGGGGGCAGAGAUCGGCCGAAUUGAAGCAAGUUUCGUGUUGGUUAGGAGGUUUUCUACCUCUUUUCCCGUGAAGUUUGAGGUGUGUGUGCUCGGGAAAGAUGGCUCCUGGGAAAUCCAUGGAGAGGGCCAGUAGCUUCGCCAUGGCCUGCAGCCUCCUCAGCCGCUACGUCAGGGAGAACGGCGCCGCUGCCGGAGAGCUCGGCCUCGGCAUCAGAGCUGAAGCAGCGGAUGCACAGAGGACGCCGGCAGACGCAGAGAAGGGGGACGCCAGGAAGCAGACCAUGGACCUCUUUCCACAGGACGCUGGGUUCGGCACCGAGGCCGCAGCGCAAGAAGCCCCUGAUGCCAGGGAGAAAGAGAAGCACCAGCUGACUAUCUUCUAUGCUGGGAAGGUCCUCGUGUUCGAUGACUUCCCUGCUGAGAAGGCGAAGGACCUGAUGCAGAUGGCCGGCAGGGGUGCAUCCGUGGCUCAGAGCUCUGGCUCGCUGCCUUCCCCUGCAGUUGCAACCGUUACUGACAGCACUAAGGUCGCAGCUGUGCCAGCUGCACCAAUUCCUGUGGUCAGUGCCCAGAAGAAUGCAGCAGAUAUACCUCAGGCUCCGAAGGCGUCUCUUCGCCGGUUCCUUGAGAAGCGAAAGGACCGCCUUACUGCCAAAGCACCAUACCAAGGCUCCCCUUCAGAUGCUACACCUGUGAAGAAGGAGAUGCCGGAGAGCCAGCCAUGGCUCGGGCUAGGUCCUCAGACCGCCAACCCCGACCUGAGCCUGCGCCAGGAACGCAACCAGUGAUCAGUGAUCCAGCAUCACCAUCUUCAAAACCGCUAUAAGUAUACUCCUGUGACCAGAGGACAGGAUCACACAGAGUCUCACCAAUCAUGUGUUUGUGCUAGGGCUAUGAUUUCGCUGUGAUACUUUUCGCUCGGAUAGUCGAAUACAUAGGUGGUUUGGAUGUAAAGAAAGUAGCUGAUGAUGAAACGUGCAUGAGGAUUAUUACAGGUGCCGGGGCUGGUUUGUUGGCUGAUUAACCCGUGCCGACCUGACCCAUACUGUACCAUGGUAGAAAAAGGAAGAACCUGUGAUGUAGUUGCUAGAAACUCCUCCGUAUUUUGUUUCCGGGAUGUCCUGUCAUCCUGUGUCGUUUGGCUUUGGCACCGCCGCGUGCUACAGAGCUGGUGAUUGUAAAAGAGAUACAUGCCGUAUGAUCAUUUUACUUUUCAUCUUCAUGUUAAUACUCUUA